ACCAGGAGCUAGGGGUCCUCCUGGUUUCCCCGGACCAUCAGGACCACAGGGACCAAGUGGAGCACCAGGGUUUGGCGGACCACCAGGCUUGCAUGGCAAAAUGGGUCCAAAAGGAGCAAAAGGAGUUCCAGGAGUGAAUGGACCUCCAGGUCGGCAAGGUGAAAUUGGCCCGAGAGGAGCAACUGGACCAGAGGGAGAACCUGGUCCCAAUGGAACAGUUGGCUCUCCGGGCAUACAAGGUCCACAGGGUAAACCCGGACCUGUUGGACCCCCAGGUACUAAAGGAGAUCCUGGUCGUCCAGGGGAUGAAGGAGACAUAGGAGAGCCUGGACCCCUUGGUCCUUAUGGAGCCAAUGGGAAUCCAGGAAUGCCUGGACCCUCAGGUGAUCCAGGGGCUAAAGCUAUGUUGGGUGUAAAAGGUGAUACAGGAUUCAACGGGGACCUGGGACCCCCAGGGCCUCCUGGAAAGCCUGGCUUUAAGGGACGUCGAGGUCCAUCAGGACUCGAAGGACUCAAGGGGCCAACAGGACCAGCAGGACUUGCAGGAACCACUGGAGCUGAUGGAACGAUGGGAGAGCAGGGAAACCAAGGAAAAGAUGGGCCGAAGGGAGACCGAGGGCUAACAGGGAUUCAAGGAGUACCUGGACCUCGAGGAGACAAAGUAGGACAUGAAUGA